GUGUGUGUAUUUAUUUAACAAACAAUAUAAACAUCGGACAAAGUAAUCACAUUAUGCAUUAAAAAUAAUGUUUCAGAGUAAACAUAUGUAUUACGUCUGGUUGUUACAAUCAACUUUUAUUGUCAAAAUUCAAAUUUUAUCUUACUUUAAAUUUUUGGCCGACAGGAUAACAAAUUAAAUAUCUCACUUCUACACGUAUUUACGUAUAAGUAGUUGAAAGUUAAGUUAUAUAAUCACAUUCACUUAUAAAAACAUUUAUUCUUAUUUAUUACUUUUCUGUCUGUUGUAAAUUAUGCGUCUUGUCUGUGUUCGUAAAUUAUGCGCCUGUUAACUUUGCUUAAUUAAUGGUAUAGAAUUCUUAAUUAUUCCUUCUUUUUCUAAAAAAAAUAAGUUUAUUUUUAUCAUUAUCUAAAAGUAGUAACUGUUGCUGCUUAGAAGAAUAAUGAACAGUAAAGUUAAAUUAUCGAUUUUACAACGUACAUAUAACAUCAAAAUACACGUAUAGUGUUUGACAUCUUUUACAUAACUUCAAGAACAAAAGCAUUCUAUAAAAAGUUUAAAUAGUCUGUGUACGUAUAAAAAAAAAAAAAAAUUAGAUCGUGAACCUAAUUAUUACAAAGAUUGAUUUUCGAGAUGAUCCACAUAAAACAGUAGUCACAGGGUUUAAAUUCUGUUAACGAUUUGGAAUUAUUUGACACUUCGUAUUUCAAUUUACUGAAUAGUUUUUAACGUCAAGGUUACCUCGAAAAACAACCUCUUAGUGGGGAUAACUGCAUAAAUCUCUUGCCUCUUAUCUUCGUCUCCAACAUUUGACUGCGCACUUCCAAGUAAGCUAAUUGUGAUAUUUAUUCUUGUGGUGCAACUAAUGAGUACUCCUUCUAUUUUUUAUUAUAGGCUAUCAUCCACAAGUACACUUAUCAUAAGGAAAUCGUAAACCAAACACUAUGAUCCGUCCGAUCACAUCAAUAUACAUGUUAAUCGUGCCCGUACUUCUGAAUAGUUUCUUCUUAUCAUUGGAUGUUCUCAUUCGUAAUAUACGUCUGGACAUUGUGAACAAGGAAGAUCGUGUAAAAUCAUUAUCGACUCAAGAACUAUUGCCCGAAUAUGAUUACGUGAUAAUCGGUGGCGGGUCGGCUGGUGCCGUGGUAGCCAAUAGAUUGUCAGUGAAUAAAAAUCACACUGUGCUCCUGCUUGAAGCCGGCAAUGACGAAGACGUAAUAACUGACUUGCCUUUAGCUACUGCGAUUUUUCAAAAUGCAUCUUUAGAUUGGGGAUUCAAAACAGAACCAUCGUCUAAUUACUGUCUAGGAAUGAAGAAUCAUCAAUGUGCAUGGCCACGAGGAAAGGUUCUAGGUGGUAGCAGCGUGCUAAAUGGAAUGAUUUAUAUUCGUGGUAAUAAAAAAGAUUACGAUUCUUGGGCCGAUCUCGGUAACGAAGGAUGGGAUUACAAAAACGUCCUACUGUAUUUCAAAAAAUCUGAAGAUGUUAAAGCCAAAGAACUUUUCAAUUCGCCGUAUCAUCAGACGAACGGCUACUUAACGGUAGAACAGUUUAAAUAUAUCCCACCUAUUGUCGAUUACGUCAUGCAGUCAGCUAACGAACUAGGAUACAAAUUGACUGAUGCAAAUGGCGAAAGUCAGACUGGUUUUUCGUAUACUUAUGGGACUUUAAGAGAUGGACUGCGAUGUAGCACUGCUAAAGCAUUUAUUCGAUCUAUUGCGAACAGAAAGAAUUUACACGUUAGCUUGGAAUCGAUCGUAGAAAAAAUAUUAAUAAAAACAGAUGGCACGUCAAAAGUGGCACAUGAAGUGUUAUUUCGUAAAGAUAAAAAACAAUUCACAGUAAGAGCAAAACGCGAAAUAAUUUUGUCUGCCGGUGCGAUAAAAUCGCCGCAUCUGUUGUUGCUAUCGGGGAUAGGACCAAGAGAUCAUCUUGAGAAGAUGAAGAUACCUGUGGUUCAUCACGCUCCAGGUGUAGGAAAGAAUCUUCAAGAUCACGUGGGAAUGGCUGGAAUAUCGUUGAUUAUUGAUCCCCCUCAUAAUAUUAAAAAUCGAGAUAAUAUCUCUGCAAGAAUUUCUAACAUUAUUUCAUUGAAUACGGCUACUGAAAUGCUACAAGAUAAUUCUGGUCCGAUUUUCGCGAACAUCGUAAGUGGGGGAAAUGCGUUUAUUAACACAAAAUAUGCGAAUAAGACGAUUGAUUACCCAGACAUACAAGUGAUAUUUUCGCCUAUAUCAAAUUAUGGAUUUUUUAUGGCACAUAUUUAUCAACUUGAACAAGAAAUAAUAAAUAGCCUGUAUUGGAAUAUUACAGAAAACGUUCAAUCAUUCGGAGUUUUUCCGCUGCUUCUGAGACCGCGCAGUAGAGGUUUCCUCAAACUCAAAUCCGCGAAUCCGGAUGAAGCUCCUGCCAUCGUUCCGAAUUAUUUCAAUGAUCCUCACGAUCUUCAAGUUUUGAUUGAGAGCAUAAAAUUCGUGGAAAAGCUGAGUCACUCCAGAGUAAUGCAGAGACUGAAUGCACGGCUGAAUCCGAAUAAAAUGUCAUCGUGUUCGCAGUUUGAUGGUUUGUCAGACGAGUACUGGGCUUGCUACGCACGACAUUUCACGUCUACUAUCUUUCAUCCUAUCGGAACUUGCAAAAUGGGACCGGCUAGCGAUCCAUAUGCUGUUGUCGACGCUAGAUUAAAGCUCCACGGAAUUGCAAAAUUACGAGUGAUCGAUGCAUCGAUCAUGCCGCAUAUAAUCUCCGGUAACACGAAUGCACCGACGAUUAUGAUUGGAGAGAAAGGCGCUGAUAUGAUUAAAGAAGAUUGGUCACAAUUUGAUUGAUAUUAAAGAGUGUCUUUGUAAAAUGAAACAAAAAGGAAAAUAUGUGCACUCUUUUUGUGUUUCUUUUAUUCGAUUUUAUUUAUGUUCCAAUUUGCAUUGGUAAAAUAAGAUAAUAAAAAACUACAAACAGAGAUGUAAUUGUUGAGUCUCAUGAUAUACUUCGUAGUAAUACUUCGUCUGUGCCAUAUAUGCAACUUUAAUAUUUACUGAAUAAAGUUUUCUCAUAUAGAAAGAUUUCAGAAUUGAUUUGGAUCAUAAAUUUGCCUUUGUGAAACAUUAUAAUAUGUAAUUAUAAACAUAAGACCUAUUAUACAGAUUAGAAAAAGAUAGGAAAAAGUGUCUUCGUACACAGAACAGUAUGUCAUAAAAGCGAGAAAUAUGUAAUGUAAUUCAAAUUGAUCAUUCAGUGAAAAAUUUAAGCGAAAGCUCUUUAACAUUUUACAAUUGACAUAUUCUUAAUAUCUUUCGUAUUCUUUGUUUAGUAAUUUUGUAAGAAAAUGCACUCAUAUUAGAUGCAACAACCAAC